UGCCAUUUGUCUUAAUUCUUUGGAUGUUUAUCCCUAAAUAGUGAAUAUUAUUACAUGAUACAUACUUUUUUUUCUUAGAAGUACUUUACAGUACAGCAUGGAUACAUGACCCCCCCCCCCAAAAAAAAACGAUUUAUUAAUUUCCUGUUUUGAGUGCUUUCAGUUUGGCCUCACUCCUGUCCACACCCACACCAGGACUGACCUGAUGUGUCCAGUCCUGUGGACUGUGGCAGUGGGAGAUUUACAUACGAGGAGGGAGAUCAUGCAAACUCUCCACAGGAGGAGCAGCAGGAGUUUGCAUGAUCUGUUUGGGACAAUGCAGAAGCACAAACCAGCAUUUCACAACACAGAUCGGUUGCUAGGCAACCUAUAUUUGUUGAGUUUAAAUUAAAUAGGGACUAAAGUUGUUUUGGUUACACAGGUGUUUCUCAAUCCUCAAACCAACAGGACGUUCUCCCACCAGCCUGCAGCGAAGAGUAAAUAUUUAUAUAAGUAUAUGUUCAUAGGUCACAAAUACUAAUUAGAAUAUAACAAACUGUUUAGAGAAUUUAAAACAUUGAACAUGAAAAACAUAAAGAGCAACAAUUGUGAUAUUAGAAUGUGUUUUAUAUGAAGUUACGAAUCAGGGAGGCUCAUAAAUAAACCCUGUUGUCUUUGUUACAAUAAUUUGUCUUCAUGACCUAAACUCAGUAAAGUAGUUCAGAAUCAUGAAUAAAUGGUUAGGGGGACUCGUCAUCUUGUCUUCAACAGUAAACUCCAACUUGACCACAAUCCCUAGACACGAUGACGUCACUCCUGUCUGGUCCACACAAGGGGAGGGGGGCAGUGGAGAGGAAGACGGGAAAAAAACUCAACCAUUUCUACGCUGGCGGUGCGGGGUCACGAACUAUGACCUUUAACAGGAGAAAAACCCAAACAAACAUUUUAUAAAAUAUAACAACCUCUCAAAUUCGCGAGCGCCGUAACCAACAGACCUCACUAAUGACCUUACAUCAUCAUGACAUCCAGCCUGAAUCUGCUGACUCGUCAGAAAUUGGAUUCUGUGGCAGAGGUUGUUUCCACAGAGCCGGCCACCACACCACAGCAUAUACAGAUUGUAACAGACCAAGAAACCGGUCAGAAGAUCCAAAUCGUGACGGCAAUGAAUCCCUCUACUGCCCCCAAGCAGCAGUUUAUCCUCACUACAGCUGACAACUCAGGAGCAGGGAAACUCAUCCUGGCCUCAUCAGACAGCCACAGUAACAAGCAGCUGAUCUUCACUGCAGCAGACAGUCUGAUGCCAGGAAGAAUACAGAUUGUCACAGAUCCUGUGUCAAUGGAACGUUUGCUGGUGCAGUCAGGGGACCUGACCCGGUCGCAGCCGGUGGAGUACUGUGUGGUGUGUGGGGACAAGGCUUCAGGCCGGCACUACGGAGCAGUCAGUUGUGAAGGAUGUAAAGGCUUCUUCAAGAGGAGCGUGAGGAAGAGCCUGACCUACAGCUGCCGCAGCAAACAGGACUGCGUCAUCAACAAGCACCACCGCAACCGCUGCCAGUUCUGCAGGCUGAGGAAGUGUCUGAAGAUGGGGGGGGAGACUGAGUCCGUCCAGAGUGAGAGAAAACCCAUCGACCUGCUGCCCAGAGAGAAGCACGCCAACUGCGCUGCCUCCACACAAAAGAUUUACAUCCGCAAAGAUCUCAACAGUCCGCUCAUCGCCACGCCAACUUUUAUCUCAGAAACAGAGCCAAACGGCUCCAGGUCCACCCUGCUGGACCAGGGGAUGCUGGUAAACAUCCAGCAGCCGCUCAUCCAAAGUGAUGGAAGUUUGUUGCUGGCCUCCAACUCCAAGGGGGAGUCUGCUCACGGAGACCUGGGGACUUUAGCCAACGUGGUGACAUCACUGGCGAACCUGAGUGACACGCUAAAAGAAAGCCUCAACAACGGCGACACGUCCGACAGCCAACAAGAGCAGUCGGCCAGUGAGAUCACACGGUCAGUCAGACGUGCCUUUGACACUCUGGCCAAAGUCCUGAACACACCAGAUGAAGGUCUGGAGCAGAGUCUCAGAGAAAAGGCAGAGUUCGAGGGAGGGACUACGAUCCGUCUGAUUGGUCGAGACCAGGAAACACCUAUAAUUGAGGUGGAGGGGCCCCUGCUGACCGACAGCCAUGUUGGAUUUAUGCUGACCAUGCCCAGCCCCAUGCCUGACUAUUUGAAUGUCCACUACAUCUGUGAGUCGGCAUCAAGGCUGCUUUUUCUCUCCAUGCACUGGGCGCGCUCCAUCCCUGCCUUCUCUGCCCUGGGUCAAGAGGCCAACACCCACCUGGUCCGAGCCUGCUGGAACGAGCUCUUCACCCUGGGUCUGUCUCAGUGCGCUCACGUGAUGAACCUGUCCACGAUCCUGGGCGCCAUCAUCAACCACCUCCAGAGCAGUAACCAGGAUGACAAAUUUUCUGGGGAACGGGUGAAGCAGGUGACGGAGCACAUCUGGAAGUUCCAGGAGUUCUGUAACAGCAUGACGAGACUGGAGGCCGACAGCUAUGAAUAUGCCUACCUGAAGGCCAUCGUGCUGUUCAGUCCAGACCACCCAGGCGUGGACAGCAGCGGUCAGAUCGAGAAGUUACAGGAGAAGGCCCUGAUGGAGCUGCAGGACUACGUGCAGAAGACCUACCCUGAUGACAUGUACAGACUGACUCGGAUCCUGACCCGACUGCCUGCGCUGCGGCUCAUGAACUCCAGCGUCACAGAAGAGCUCUUCUUCACUGGCCUGAUAGGAAACGUCUCCAUCGACAGCAUCAUUCCCUACAUCCUUAAGAUGGAGACGGCCGAGUACAACAGCCAGGACUCGGAUCCCAGCGACUGACACAGGAGCCACUGACGCCCCCGCUCUCACACGGUACGGACCCCCGACCUCCAGGUUCUUUUUGACCUCUGCUAUAAAGAAAGGUAGCAGCAAGUUUUGUCCAAAGUCACACAGGGAUCGUUGUUAGAUUUAGGAGUUCUGCUCAGCCACGUUAAAGCAGGGGUCACCAACGUGGUGCCUGGGGUCACCUGGUGGCCCACGUGGACUACCUGAGGUGCCCGCGUGGUAUGUUCUAAAAAUAUAACUAGUCAACAAGAGGGUCCCAGAGCUGAUUAUUAUUAUUAUUGUUUAUGAAGUCUGUAUCAAACAAGUUCUGGUCGUAAUUACUAAGUGACCUUGAAGUAGCUCUCAGUGUCAGAAAGGUCGGUGACCCCUGUGUUAAAGGAAUUAUCUGCAGCUGCCAAAACAUUUGUUGCAAUUUAUUUAACAAAAAGAAAAGGCACUUAAAAUGACUCCCUGACCUAUGGUGUCCAAAUAGUUUGUAUUUUAUUUUAUUUUUCUGACAGGUUUAAUUCAGUCUCUCACCUGAAUCACUCUCAUCCUAAUUCUAAACUGAGUCAAAGCUUUAAAUAUUUGUGUUUAUUUGAGCCUUUGAGAUCAGUAUAAUCUGAACUGACUGUUGACUGCACUCUGAAAACUCUGACCUUGUUUUAAUGGUCUGUCUGACAAUAUUACUGCACACGUUCAGUCAAGGUGCUCCUGUCUGUGAUGUUGAUCGACUGACACCAACACUGUCUGUUGGUCACAUGAUGAUCAACAUACAAACAACUUCAGUUGAUGUCUUUGAUUUAAACACAAACAGCUAAAAACAAAAACAGUGACCUCUAGUGCCAAAGUCGAGCAUUAACACUCCAGAGAGAUGCAGAUAAUAAUCGGCUAACAAAUAACGGACACAUUGUACCCUACAUGUAAUUUUUUUUUUGGGGGGGGGGGCUUGACGUGUGUAGCAACAGUUAAAUUGGUGAAAAACAAACCUGAUUAUUGACAUCACAGCACGUACCACCGUAGGAUCAGGGAUCCCUAUGUUGAAGACCUCGUCUUUAGAGAACAAAUUUGUAGAUCUUUGUAAAGACAACAGUGUCAUUGAUUUCACGUCAUAAAAACCAAUGACCUGUUUUAAAAGUUGACCAAUACACACCUUGGAUGUGUAUCUUUUUAGACGACAUUUUUUAGGCCUUUUUCAUCUGUCACGUGUCAUCAGUGACGUGCACUCUCUCUUUACGUACAUCCUAACAUGACAAUCGUGUGUCCGCUGUUUCCUUUUCUUUUUUUUUAUUCAGUAUCAGCGACAUCCAGUCCAUGUGGAACGAUUAGAGUCAAUUAUUUCUCCAAUAUAACUGAAUUAUGUUAAAGUUUUUUUCUUCCUUUUUUUUUAGAAUGUUACUCAUGUUACUCAAAGGUAGCCACGCUGCUGGUUCUGUUAGCGUCUGUAUGCUAAGUGCACAUCUCCCAGCUUUGGUGGCUGUCCACUGCACUCAUGUUUUCUUUAACUUUGUUGUAAACAAACGUUGCAUUUAUUCUGUACUUAAAAAAUUGUGGGGGGGUGUUAGGGUUAGGGUUGGGGGGUUCAUUUUUUGUUUGUUUGUUUGCAUUUCUUUUUUGCAAAUUGAUUUAAUUAAAUCAAAAUAACUUGCACUCACAAGAAGUAUGGACCUGUGUUUGUCUGUGAAACAGAAGACGGGGAGUGACGUGUGACGUGUCACACACUGAGGUCAAAUUCAUUCAUUCACACAUGAAUAUUUCAAACUUUCUCUUGUCCAAAGCAGAAGUCCCAACAUUUGUUUUCGUCUUAAUGAUAAAACAAUAAGAACUUCAACUUUGUGCCACCACAGACUUGAGUUCAUACUGUGUGCUGGUCAAUCUGAAAGGUCAAACCUUUCAGAACAGUUAUAGGUCAAGACGGGGAACAUCAGCAGUGACAUCAGCAGUGACAUCACUCUCUGGUCCACAACCAGCCUCCACAGAAACACAAAUCUUUGAUUCUUUUGUAAUCCAUCGAUCAUUUUUUUCCUGAUAAUGUUACGACUGUAACAGUACGACACAAACCCACCCAGACACUUUGUAAAGACACUGGUGUAAACUCAUAUUUUGUACAUGUAGUUUCAUUAAAUGAGUGCAUGUUGUUUUUAUGCGACUUUUACAAUCUUUUUGCUUGGUGCCCUCAAAGGGAACUUUGUUGUUUUUGUUGUUUUUUUUUUUAUCGUGCAUUGCUGUGCAUGCAGAGGUUGCUUAAGUGCAUUUUAUUAAAUGCUGUAUGAAUCUGUUGACUUCAUUUAGACUAAAUGUGGCUUCAAAAGUAUCAACCAUAAUCCGCUCCCACGUUAACGGGUCGUGGGUCAGGUUUUUGUUUACUGCUCUCCCAUGGUUAUGUUUCUGUUUUGUAUAUGUUUUUGUUGUUGUUGUGUUAAAUACGGUUGAGACAUUCAAACAUUUGUGUUUUACUGAAGUGUUGUCAUAAUUCUACAGUUCUACCUCACACCAAUGACAAUAUAAAAACAAAUGUAUUAACAACUGUAUCAGCAUUCCUGUCUCUGGGGCCGGCUUCCCUGAAGCCACAUGUAACGGAAAAAUAAACUAUUAUCCAUGGACGAAA